UACAUUAUGCCUGUGUGUUCUAAAUAUACAAUACGUGAAAUCGAUUUACUUAGCCUAUUUCUUAAAAGUAUAACAAAUCCAUGAAGUAGUCAAUUAUAACAAUAUUGUUUUAAAUAUUAUAAGCUUUUCGCAACGAUUUAAAUUAAAUAUCAUUCAUUUGGAUAUAAAGUUUUGAAAUUAAUUUAAGAAUGAUAAGAUAUUAUUUUCCCGCCCGCCUACGCGCCUAAAAUCUAUCAUUUCUUCGAUAUCUCAGAAUACGACUGACGUUUCUUAUUAUACACGUGCGCAGAAGUUAAUUCAUGGAUUAAACAGGAGAUAUUAUCAUACUAAAGUCUUAAGUAGAUUAUUCUUCAUUAUUGGUAUUGAAUGUGUUAUGUGGAGCAUAUCAAGAAAGCAUUAUGGAACAAGAAGAAAUAUUAACGUAUCAAGUAAUGAAUACUAUUGAACGUAAGACUUGUGAAAAUGAUGAUAUUGAAAAUUCAGACGAAAGUGAUAGACCAUCAGGUGAGAGAUGGGCUCCUGUUGGAGCAAACGAUGGAGAUAAUGAUUUUGGGGAUGAAUAUAAAUAUGUUGAUAAUAUAGGAAACCUUUCUAAUGAUAUGGAAAGAUUAAAGUUAUUAGAAGAAGAACAAGAGAUGCUUAAUUCGUCUCUGAUAGCGUUAACUACACAUUUUGCUCAAGUACAAUUUCGUUUACGUCAAAUUGUUGAUGCUCCGACUAAUGAGAAAGAAACAUUGCUUAAAGAGUUAGAAGAAUUUGCAUUUAGAGGGAUUCCUGAUGUACCGAAUAAUUUAUUAUUUGAAAGCAGAUCUAUUACACCCAUUUCUCCGACAUUUUGUAAAGAAAGCCAGAUUGGAAGCAUGGUUAGUGAUGUAGAAAUGGAAUCGAAAAUGGCAUUACAGAGAACUAAACAAAGGGAGUUAAUUAGUCAAUUAAAGUCACAAUUGGAAGAUUUAGAAAAAUACGCAUACGAAAUGGGUGAUGCAGAUUUACCACAAAGCGUUGUGUUAGAACGUCAAAGUAUAAUAAUCAAUCACUUGAAGGAAAAAUUAAAUUUUAAUGUAGAUGAUUUGUGUAAGUUACCAAUAGAUGAUUUAAGGUGGCAAGUUGAUUAUGCAAUAAGUCAAAUAGUUAGUCCAUUAAAAAUGAAAGAACAAUUGGUGUCUCAAUUGAAAACACAAAUUGCUGAUUUAGAACGAUUUAUAAAUUAUCUUCAAGGAGAAGUGAGUACGGAAACAUUGGCAUGCACUUGUGCUUGUCCAGUACAUACUAAUGGCUCUGCUACAUUUAAUCAUACUAACAAAUUUGAGAAAAAGGCAAUAGAUAAUGAAAGUAAAACUAAAACUUUGAAUACUGUUAAAAAGGUCGUAGCUCUCUUACAUAUGUUUAUAAUAUCACAAUUGGGAUGUAGUAGUGCACAGGUUCGAAGAAAUUUAAAUAAAAAUUCGAUAUAUAAUUGGCGUGAUUUAAGAACUAGAUUAGACAUUGCGGUUGAGCACGUUUUAAGUACUAUCGCAGAAAAUGAACAUCAGCUUGAAGAUGAUGAUGUUGGUGCUGAUGAAUACACGUCUGACUCGGAUUCUGCAUCAAUGCACUGUAAUGCAAAACUAACAUCGGCAAUAAGAAAGCAUCUAGCAGCUUCCAUUAGAGAUUUGUUACAACAUGGUUUAAUGUCUGAUGUACGUUCUAACAGUGUAGUUCCGUUUAUGGGAUGUUUUCAUCAAAGAAGUCCUUCCUCUGCUAAUUUUAUGCAUGCCUGGGAACUUAUCUUAAAAUAUUAUGAAAUAAAAAAUGGCCAUUAUUAUAACUCCAGUCCGGCACAAAAAUUAUCUCAAAGCUUUAAUUUAGAUCUUAUCGGUAAAGCUACUUCUGCUAAACAGAGUCUACUAACUACUAUAGGUAACAUUAUUGCUUCGCAUAGUCCUUACAAACGGAGUCGUGAUUCACAUUUUAAAGCAUUUAUAUGUGCUGCUUUAAACGCAAAUAAAUUGGUGGUUUGGCUAAAGCUCAUUUUACAAUGCCAAUAUCUUUUAGAAUGUCACUACACGUCAUGGAGUUAUGUGGUGAAAACAGGAUUUCAAGACGCAUUUCACACUCUCGACAAACUUACGAGAUAUAAGUUUGAUCUGCCAGUUGACUUAGCUGUACGUCAAUUUCAAAAUAUAAAGGACGCAUUCUGAUUAAUGCAUAGAAAAUGAUCCUUGUAUAAAAAAAUUAUAAUUAUUAAUGAGAACAAAAAAAAAACUCAGAUACAACAAUCCUCUAUAUGAUAUAUAUAAGUACACUUAUGAGUGGAAGAUAAUAUCAGAAUGUAUAAUUCAAAUAAGUUACCAAGUUUUCGAAUCU